AUGAUUACUUCACCACUAACUUCACCAUUACUCUUCUCUUCCAUGGCGACUCUCGACAGUGGCAUCUCUAGAGAUGUUAUCUCCGAUCAAGAACAUCAUGGGUCUUGUGCUAUUCAUGUUAUCAUGGGUCCUAUGUUUUCUGAGAAAUCGACCUUUCUCCUCCGCCGUAUCAAGUUGGAGAUAAGCUGUUGCGAUGGUGAAUCGAGUAAAGAUACGAGAUACGCUAAAGAUUCGAUGGUGAUGCAUGAUGGAAUUGGAUUCCCUUGUUGGGCUCUUCUGAAUCUUAUGUCCUUUCCAGACAUAUUCGGACACGAUGCUUAUGCCAAGCUUGAUGUGAUUGGCAUUGACGAAGCUCAGUUCUUUGGAGAUCUUUAUGAGUUUUGCUGCAAAGUUGCUGAUGAUGAUGGCAAAACUAUUCUUGCAGUGGUUGAUGGUGACUAUUUAAGAAGGAGCUUUGGAGCUGUUCUUGACAUAAUACCUUUAGCUGAUUCUGUGAUGAAGCUAACUGCAAGGUGUGAGGUUUGUGGACAGAAAGAUUUCUUCACUUUAAGAAAGACUUGUGACACCAGAACCGAGCUGAUCGGUGGAGCUGAUGAAGUUUCGGAGCUUAUAAGAGCGUCAAUGGAGCCUGUUCUCGAGCAAUAUAGACCUGCUGCUGACAUUUUCUAA